UUGUUAAUACCAGUUGCUCACUCUGGCUUGGUACAGGUCACCAGUGAGAAACUGUGCCGGGCUCAGCAUGAACUGUAUCACCAAGCCUCCACCUACAUGUGCCUCCUGCAGAGUGUCCGACAGCACCUAGCUCUACACCAGGAGUACCACAGCAAGGGAGAACGGUCACCCCAUGAAGUGGCACAGCUUGUUGGCCUCAAACUGCCACAGCAACCCGGAGGCAAAGGAUGGGAAAAGUGAGGAGGAGUAAAAGCAUCCUUACUCCUCGAGUACACUGUGUGGACAAACACAUUAUUCUAAUUCCGAUGGUCUUGGCUAUUCACUGACAAUGUAAAUAUGGUCCGAGGGCUGUUUGUGUUUCUUGUGUAUAGUGCAGCUCCUCAAAAUCUCAAUGGUUCAUGAAGUAAUUAAAAAGAGACUCCAAUUAAA